AUGGCUUCUAACAAGAUUGUUAAGCAGACUGGUGCCCCAGCUGCUGAUGAGUUCGAACUCUCCGUUGCUCAAGCUCUCAUUGACUUGGAGUCUAGCGUUCCCGACUUGAAGGGUCUCAAGGCCCUGCAAAUCUCUGCUGCCAAGGAGGUUGAGCUCGGUGCUGGUAAGAAGGCUAUUGUCAUCUUCGUCCCCGUCCCUAGCCAAGCUGGUUUCCACAAGGUUCAAGCUCGUCUUACUCGUGAACUCGAGAAGAAGUUCUCUGAUCGUCACGUUGUUUUCGUUGCUCAACGUCGUAUCUUGGCUGUCCCUGGUCGUCGCAACAACGGCAAGCAACCCCGUCCUCGUUCUCGUACCUUGACCGCUGUCCACGAUGCUAUCUUGGAUGACCUCGUCUACCCCACUGAAAUCGUCGGUAAGAGACUUCGUCAAAAGGUUGAUGGCUCCAAGACCCUCAAGGUCUUCCUUGAUGCCAAGGAUGCCACCUCUCUUGAAUACAAGAUUGAUACUUUCUCUGCUGUCUACAAGAAGCUCACUGGUAAGGAUGUCGUCUUUGAGUUCCCUGCUGCCGUUGAGUUCUAA